AUGGACUAUUCCAACCACUCCCCUCUCACCUGCACAUGGACUAUUCCCCCGCUCAAGCCCCCGCUCAAGCCCCCGCUGAAGCCCCCGCUGAAGCCCCCGCUGAAGCCCCCGCUGAAGCCCCCGCUGAAGCCCCCGCUGAAGCCCCCGCUGAAGCCCCCGCUCAAGCCCCCGCUGAAGCCCCCGCUGAAGCCCCCGCUCAAGCCCCCGCUGAAGCCCCCGCUGAAGCCCCCGCUGAAGCCCCCGCUGAAGCCCCCGCUCAAGCCCCCGCUGAAGCCCCCGCUGAAGCCCCCGCUGAAGCCCCCGCUCAAGCCCCCACUGAAGCCCCCGCUGAAGCCCCCGCUGAAGCCCCCGCUGAAGCCCCCGCUCAAGCCCCCGCUGAAGCCCCCGCUGAAGCCCCCGCUCAAGCCCCCGCUGAAGCCCCCGCUGAAGCCCCCGCUCAAGCCCCCGCUGAAGCCCCCCGCUCAAGCCCCCGCUGAAGCCCCCGCUGAAAGAUCAAGGCUCCUGUGGACUCAGCUCCUGCAGAGGAUGAGGGGCUGGUACUCCGGUUUCCCCUAUCACUAA